UCCAGCCGCCCGACGAUGUCGUCUCAUUUAGUUGAGCCACCGCCGCUACACAACAACAACAACAACUGCGAGGAAGGGGGAACAGGCUUUGCCUCCGCAGCCGGCCUCAAUAGUUCCUGGGUGGAGUUACCUAUGAAUAGCAGCAAUGGCAAUGAUAAUGGCAAUGGGAAGAAUGGGGGGCUGGAACACGUACCUUCUUCCUCCUCUAUCCACAAUGGAGACAUGGAAAAGAUUCUGUUGGAUGCACAGCAUGAAUCAGGACAGAGCAGUUCAAGAGGCAGUUCUCACUGUGACAGCCCUUCACCUCAAGAAGAUGGGCAGAUCAUGUUUGAUGUGGAGAUGCAUACCAAGGACCAUAGCUCUCAGUCAGAAGAAGAAGUGGUAGAAGGAGAGAAGGAAGUUGAGGUUUUGAAGAAAAGUGCAGACUGGGUAUCUGACUGGUCCAGUAGACCUGAAAAUGUUCCACCCAAGGAGUUCCACUUCAGACAUCCCAAGCGCUCCGUGUCUCUAAGCAUGAGGAAAAGUGGAGCCAUGAAGAAAGGCGGUAUUUUUUCUGCAGAAUUUCUGAAGGUGUUCAUUCCAUCUCUCUUCCUUUCUCAUGUUUUGGCUUUAGGGCUAGGCAUCUAUAUUGGAAAGCGACUGAGCACACCUUCAGCCAGCACCUACUGAGGGAAGGAAAAGCCCCUGGAGAUGCGUGUGGCCUGUGAAGUGGUGUAUUGUCACAGUAGUUUAUUUGAACUUGAGACCAUUGUAAGCAUGACCAACCUUCCCCCCUAUUUUUACAUAUCCAGUCCAGUAACUCUCAAUUCCAGUAUUUUAUUCAAACUCGGUUGAGGCAUUUUACUAACUAUAUUCCCUUUUGGCCUGUAAGACACUUUAGAAUUUCCUAACAGAAUUUACUGUUGUUUAGAAAUUUGCAAGGGCUUUCUUUCCGCAAAUGCCACCAGCAGAUUAUAAUUUUGUCAACAAUGCUAUUGUCUCCUGUUAGUACCACCAGAAUUAGACCUGUAUCAUUCAUGGUAGGAAUUUUACUCUGGCAGUGUAACUACCAUCUCAAAAUGAGAUCAGGUUAUUAGCAAAUGAUAUAAAAUGCUUUGUUGUUUAGUUUUUGUUUUGUUUUCCAAGACAAAGUCAAGCUUCCCAAAGCUUGAAUUUAUAGUUAUUAAAAAGAAAGCAAAAACAAAAACCAAAACAAAACAAAACAAAAAAAAACCCAAAACCAAACAAACAAACAAAAAAAAAGCAAGACACAAGAAAAAAAAUAUCCUGG